GGAGAAAGACUAAUAUUGAGAUCUGCUGCCCCUGUGAACCCUGUGGCCUGAGUUGGUUGCCUCACCUGCCCUCAUGGGUGGGCUGCCCCUGGAAACACACCACGCUGAGAUACGCCUGCUAAAUAUUAGAAUGAAAUAAAUUGAUGGUAUAUUUUUCCUUUGCACAGUUUCUGCUUACGGUUACUAUUCUUGAGGGGCAGUAAAAUACUUGUUUUAAGAAGACAAGUCCUUAAAAAAAGGUCACAUAGUGAAAAAAUAGUUCCCAAAGAUUCUGUACAUCACACACACACAAAAUAUAUGGCAUUGGAUGCACAGCAUCACAUAAAGAAUUCCAUGUUGUGUGCAGCACAUAAACCAAAGUUUGUCCUAUAAAGCCCAGUGAGUCCACUGGUCUCUUUUGGAUUGUUCAUUUGUCCUGAAGCUCACACCUUUAUGUCUGCAUAUAAAACUCCAGAGACAUGAUAUUGUAAAACAUAUUUCCUCAUUCAUAGAUUAUUGCAUCUGUCUUUGGACCCUAAUUACAGUAUUGGCUAGAACCUUUCAACUUUAUGUAUUUUUCCAGUUAAUGUGAUUCCCCCCCUCCAUGUGCACUUCUUUUUAAGGGACUUUUUAUUUCAGGAUACUGUUUAGAAUUGCCUAUUUUUCUUACCUUUUUUGUAUUCUUUCUGUACCUUUUUGUGUUUGUAAAAACAUCCGUGAUAAUGCCUGUUCUUCUCAGUAUGGCAAGAAGCAGUAAAAAAACAAAAGCAAUCUGAAGCAAGCAGUAGGUAGGAUACUAAUAUGCUAGCAGUUCCUCUGGUGCAUCUGCUUUAAUUCACGGAUUUUAUAUGGGGACAAAGGACCAGUGCUUUUUUUCUAAAAAAAAUGUUUAGGAGUAUUCUCCUUUUGACUCAAGAAAAUCACCAUUUUAUAGUUCAAAUUGGGGGAAAUAAAUACAGUAAAUGGACAAAAGUAUGAAGAUUCACAAAAUGUUUAGGGGUAUGCGUACCCCUGCGUCUCCCGCAGAAAAAAAAAGCACUGCAAAGGGCUAAUACACACACACACUGCUCCUGAUCAAAGAUGUAGUUAUAGUCACCACCUUUAAAAGAUAAUUAGAUAAAUGCAUGGAGGAUAAUGGUAGCCAUUAUGGCUAGAAGCUGUUGAGAUGUUCUGCCUCUGCUGUUGGAGGCAGUAUGCCCCUAAGUACCAGUUGCUGGGAAUCCCAAGUGGAGAGAACAGUGGCAUAGCUAGCUGCUUGGGUGCCUGGUGCAGGCAUGUGUUCUGCAGCCAAGGGUAGGGCGAUCCGCCAAUGGGUCGGGGCGAGCCUCUCCGACACUUGGAGCCUCUCCGCCACCUCCCACUCAGCUGUAGGGCGGCUGAGGGAGAGGCAGUAGGCAGACACAAGUCCCACACUGCCAUUUCAGGCGCCUAAGCCAACACGCCACUCCUAAAAAGUUUUGUGAACCCUUUUUUUAAAAAAAAAACUCAGUUUCUCACCCCCACCCCCACAGUAAUGACACCUGGGGCAGACCACACACCCCGCCCGCUUCCUCUGCCACUGGGAGAGAACACUGUGUUCUCCCAUCCUACUUAUGGGUUUCCCAUGGGGAUAUAGCCAGCCACUGUGAGAACAGGUACUUGUGGGUACAACUAGUGGGUACUUGUCCUAAUCUUGUUUUCAUAUUUCUGUCUCACACACCCACAUACCUACACAACCCUGUGGCUGCUUUCUGAAAGGGGUGGGAAAGCAUUUGCCGUGUUACAAUCACAGAACUUCACGUAACAUAUCUUCUAAACAAAUAUGGAGCUGCUGUCACUCUUCAUCCCUUCUCUGUUUGCCGUUAUAACACAGUGUGUGUGAUGCAAUAUCAUUGCUCUUGCACAUUGCCCUACCAACAGCAACAUAUCAUUAGAUGUUGGUGAUGGGGCAGCCCAAUGUCACAUCAUAUUGCAAAGAAAAGAGAGGGAAGUGACAGAGCAGUUGAAGCUCCAGUAUACCUGAAGGAGCAUCUUCAUUCCCAUUGCUCAGCCCGGACACUGAGGUCCUCCUCCGAGGAUCUUCUGCUGGUUCCCUCACCCCAAGAAGUGAAGUUACAGGGAACCAGGCAGAGGGCCUUCUCGGUAGUGGCACCCUCCCUGUGGAACACCCUCUCUUCAGAUGUCAAGGAAAUAAACAGCUAUCUGACUUUUAGAAGACAUCUGAAGGCAGCCCUGUUUAGGGAAGUUUUUAAUGUUUGGUGUUAAACAACAGCUGAGAAGUGAAAGAGACAACACCAUACAGUAUAUGGACAGAAGGAAUCUCCAUGGACGUAACAGUUUUCACACACAGGACAGAAUAAAGAUAAUAGUCUGAGUUCCUCACUUGAAGCUUUAUAAAUUUAUAUAUUGUAACAUCAUGAAUAGAAAUCAUUAAUUAUGUGGCUGUUGACUAAGGGAUUAUUAUUAUAACUGAAAAGUAACUGACAUUAAGAUUAUGGAAUGCAGUGAUUUAAGAUCAGAAAUGCACCCAAACCACCAUGCGGGGAGCCACUUUAACUAAAAUGUAUUAAUUGGAAGUUGACUGCCAUUUUGGGGAUUAAUUGUUAUUGUUAUAAUUUGGCUAUUAUUGGGGGUAUGUUGGAAAACUAGUUACACACACACACACACACACACACACACACACACACACACAGGUUUGUGCAGUUGCAGGUUCUUGGUGCAGAGAAUAGUAACAUAGAAAGCUGUCUUCUAUUGAGUCAGACCAUUAUCUACUACAGUGACUAGCUCAGUAUUGUUUUCACUUAUUAUCAGCAGUUCUUCAGGAUUUCAGAUUGGGGUCUAUGCCAGAUGUACCUGGAUAAGCUGAGGAUUGGACCUUGGACUUUGGGAUGUGCAGCACUGAUACUCUACCACUGAAUUACAUCCCUUUCUCUGCUCUAUUGAAAAACUAUCACAAGUGGAGAGCUGAAUUCCCAGAAAUAGUUGGAGAUGUACGGCCUUUCUCUGUCCUUGGUCUGAUGAAAGCUGGUUACCUUGGAGUUCUGAAGGAGAGGGACCCAGCUGGUAGCAAAGUUCUCAUUUACAGAAUUGCAAAAUGGGACCCAAAGACAUUCACAGCAUUUGAUUUGUUUCGUUUAAGUCUUAUCACAUCUGAGCUCAUUGUGAGAGAGCUAGAAACACAGCGGAAUGGAGUCAAGGUUAUCUUUGAUCUUCAAGGAUGGAGAUUCGCACAUGCCUUUCAGAUCUCCCCAACGGUUGCCAGGAUAAUAGCUGCUGCGAUCACAGAUGCCUUUCCCCUAAAAGUUCGUGGAAUCCACUUGAUUAAUGAGCCUUUGCUCUUUCACCCAGUCUUUGCUCUAAUUAAGACAUUCCUCUCAGAAAAGAUCAAAGCACGGAUCCACAUGCAUGGGAGUAACUAUGUCCAUACUCUCCAACAACACUUUCCAGCCAGCAUUCUCCCAAAAGAACAUGGUGGUGAAGCUGUCUCCAUUGAAACCCUUUCCCAAGAAUGGACUAACUUCGUAAUGGAAUCUGAAAGUUAUCUUCAGAGUAUUACUCUGUUUAAGUAGUAUGUUGUGGGAGAAGCACAGUUAUUUGAUUAUUAACCAAAAGAUGAUGAUGGUGACGACAAUGAUAGCUUCAUGGUGAUUUCCAGAAGAUUUAAAUGGGGGUUGAGGUUGGCUCAGAAUACAGAAGUUAGUGAAACAAACAACUACACAUGCAGACUUGCCUUAGAUAAAUGUGAAAUUGCUUUUAGACCAAUGUCAAAUGUUUUGAUAUCUGAAUAAUAUUUCUGGAGAAUACAUGCCUUAUCUACUGCAUUCUUUCUUAAGGCAAGGAAGAGAACAAGUAAAAUGGAAAUUUUACAACAAGGGUGGUGAAUGUGUCCUCUAGGGUCCUCUAGAUGUUGCUGGACUCCAGCUUCUAUUUGCCCCAGCAAGCACAGCCACUGGCCAGGGAUGAUGGGAGAUUUAGUCCAGUAAUGUAUGAAUGACACAGGUUCCCCGUUCAUUUUACAGGAAGGGGAAUAUUUCCACUAGAAGGCACUUUGCAGCUUCUUAUAUGUUAAUUGAAUUGCCUGCUGGAUUUACGAUUAAAACAAACAUAAGAACAGCCUAAGUUCAGAUCAAAGGCUCAUCUACCCCACUGGUCUUCUUAGUGGCCAGCUACAUGCCCUUUAGAAGCUGCCAUGUGUGGCAAAGUGCAAUUAAACAUUUUCAGUUUCUUGCCUUAAUAUCGUAUUCAGAAAUAUGGUGCCUCUAAAUACGGAAGCUGAUGUCAGCUGUUAUGACUAAUAGCCAUAAAAUAAUUGAUCAUACACAAAGUAGUCUUAUUAUCAAUCAUGAACCUACUUUCAAUUGUGGUGCCUUUGGGAUACUGGAGAGGGAUCAAACUUUUUAUACAACAAUAGCUAGUAAUUUUGAUAUAUUUGCAGGCUAAGCUUAUGUUUACAUAAAAUUAAUCUUUGUUAUAUUCAGUGGAGUUUUUUCUGAGCCUUCUGUCUACUCCGAAGUAAUUGCAAUGGGUUCACUGGGACUUGCUCUCAAGUAAGUGAAUAUAGGAUUGCAGCUUUUACUUAUUCUUUCAUUGUACAAGCUGACAAGGGGCUAACUAGUAAAUACAUAAAAUAAUAUGCACCAACUGCAGCAUAGUCCUUACAAUAGUAAUUGUGCUUAGACACACUAAUGAUUUUCUUAGCCUUACUGUUUGGUUUCAGAAGAUUAUCUUUGCUUGAAAUUAUUUUAUGGGGAGAGGUGGAUUAUCUGUGAAAUACUUAGCUACCGCUGCUGGAGAGGGGUUGGUGGCCUAGUGCACUAAUGGGAAAAGUCACAUUUUAGCUGUUACGUAUUUAUUAAUUCCCUAGUUGGGUAAGCCCUGAUUGCUUAUCUUCUUGGACCAGCACCCUGAAAAGAUGUGAAUACCUGCUAAUAUGAAACAGUUUUGCUGCAACAGUGUUUUCUGCAAAGCAAAGAGGAAAGCUCUAUCACGCUGCGGUGCCUUGUCACUUCCCAGCACAAGGCAAUGAGCCAAUUCUGAUGGUUCUGUGGCAGCUUUAGGUCCUUAGGAUGUGUAAACUUUUCUUAUUUUAUUGAAUUCAUUUGAAUUACUUACAAACUACUGUGACAGAUCUACAGCUUUCUCUGUCUACCUAGACCUCUUACCAUGCCAUGCAUCUGACAAAAUGGGCUUUGGACUCAGAAAGCUUAUUCUGCAAUAACAGGACAAUCAUAUGCAUCUCCACUAAAAAGUAACCCCCAACGAGUUAAGUGCACUGAAUUGCAGUCUAAAAAUUUAGUCUUUAAAGUGUCACAAUACUCUAUGUUGCUUGUGAUAAAUACUUAAGCAUUUGCCAACAUUGUUCUAUUAACAGUUAAUGAGCAAAUUAUUUAUUAAUGGGAAAUAUAUUUAAUUUUCAGAUGUCUAAUUUAUAUUUUAUCCAGCAAUUUUAGAAUCCUAUAGGGUAGCAUGACAUCAACAGAACAGAAAAGAAGAAAUCAUGUUAUUUAGAAAUGAUAAAGGAACUCUAAUUGUACCAAGUGUGCCCAACCAGCAACAUGUUAGCAGAUACAAUUUAUUAUACCGGUAUGCUGUAUUUUUUUCUAAUUUUGUACAUAUAAAAUUAAACAUCAUAAAUGAGCCAA